AUGAAAUCAACCCACGUUUGUCUCUUGUUUGCUUCGUCCCCACAAACCUUAGUUACUGUCUUUCUCUUUUUGCCUCUAAUUUUCUAUUGGUCUUAUAUUCCACUCACUAGUUCUUUAUUUCACCUUCCCCCAUGUCACUCUCUUCUUAUCAUUCAAUUUUCCUCUUUUCAUUCUGUUUCUUCGUCUGUUACUACGAUGGAUCCUGCUACUACUAUAAACAGCACAGUACCACCAAUAGCUGGGCACCGAUUCACUUAUCAAUGGGUUGCGACAUUAUUGCGCAUCUAUCACUCUCUCUCUCUCUCUCUCUCUCUCUCUCUCUCUCUCUCUCUCUCUCUCUCUCUCUCUACAAUGCAGAUUCUUAUGCCAGAAAAGUCUAAUAUCUAUCUAUCUAUCUAUCUAUCUAUCUAUCUAUCUAUCUAUCUAUCUAUCUAUCUAUCUGCGUAUUUUAUUUCCUCUUUCUCUCUCUCUCUCUCUCUCUCUCUCUCUCUCUUUUCUAUCUUCUUUUUCUCCCAUUGUCUUGAUAUUGCAUCUCUUUUUUCCAUGCCUCUCUCUCUCUUCCCCGCUCUCUUUUUCAUAUAUUGUUCUAUCUUCUCUUUGUUCUAUUUCUCUCUUCAUUUUUCCCAUUCUUCUCACCUUUCUAUAAUCUAUCGACCCCACCACGACCUCGGCUUUCACUUAAUUCUCUCUUUCUUAUCAGUUUCGGAUUGUCUUCUCCUUUCGUUUCCAACUCUUUUGCUUUUCUUUUCCUCUUCUUUUUUUCCUCACCCUUUCUUUCCUUUCUCUUUCCGCUUUUCUACGCUUCUCACCCUCUUUGCUAUCAUCUUCCUUCUUCUUUUCAACUCCCUUGCUGAUCACAUUUCUCAUUUUCCCAUUACCGUCAGUGAUGGUUACAUUUAA